GCUGCCCUCGACAGCGGCAAGUUUGGGAGUUGCACUAGUUUGCGGGGUGGGGGAGAGGACGGACGGGGGGCCAUGGAGGAGGACCGGGGGUCGUCGCUGGCGGCCGAGUCGGCGCUGGAGAAGAACGUGGCGGAGCUGACCGUCAUGGACGUGUACGACAUCGCGUCGCUCGUGGGCCACGAGUUCGAGCGGGUCAUCGACCAGCACGGCUGCGAGGCCAUCGCGCGCCUCAUGCCCAAGGUCGUGCGCGUCCUGGAGAUCCUGGAGGUGCUGGUCAGCCGCCACCACGUCGCUCCCGAGCUGGACGAGCUGCGCCUCGAGCUGGACCGUCUGCGCCUGGAGAGGAUGGAUCGCAUCGAGAAGGAGCGCAAGCAUCAGAAGGAGCUGGAGCUGGUGGAGGACGUGUGGCGCGGGGAAGCACAAGACCUCCUUUCCCAGAUCGCGCAGCUGCAGGAGGAGAACAAGCAGCUCAUGACCAACCUCUCCCACAAGGACGUCAGCUUCUCUGAGGAGGAAUUCCAGAAGCAUGAAGGCAUGUCGGAGCGGGAGCGGCAGGUGAUGAAGAAGCUGAAGGAGGUGGUGGACAAACAGCGAGACGAGAUCCGUGCCAAGGACCGGGAGCUCGGGCUGAAGAAUGAGGAUGUUGAGGCUCUGCAGCAGCAGCAGACCCGGCUGAUGAAGAUCAACCACGACCUCCGGCACCGGGUCACGGUGGUGGAGGCCCAGGGGAAGGCCCUGAUCGAACAGAAGGUAGAACUGGAGGCAGAUCUGCAAACCAAGGAGCAGGAGAUGGGCAGCCUGCGGGCGGAGCUCGGGAAGCUGCGAGAGAGGCUGCAGGGCGGGCUCAGCCAGAAUGGAGAGGAGGAGCCUGAGACGGAGCCGGGCGGAGACGAGUGUGUCUCAGAGGUGGAGAAGGUGGCCAUGGACCUCAAGGACCCCAACCGCCCCCGGUUCACACUGCAGGAACUGCGGGACGUGCUGCACGAGAGGAACGAGCUCAAGUCCAAGGUGUUCUUGUUGCAGGAGGAGCUGGCGUACUAUAAGAGUGAAGAAAUAGAAGAGGAAAAUCGAAUACCCCAACCUCCGCCCGUCACCCACCCAAGAACAUCCCCCCAGCCGGAGUCUGGGAUCAAGCGACUGAUCUUUACAGCCAUAAUGCCCAUGGUAGCUGCUGGACUGAUAAUAGAUGACCCCACACUGCAGCCUGUCCGACGACUUGUGUCCCUCGUUUAGCUUCUUCUCCCGAGAUAAGAAGCGUCUGGUCAGCACACAGAGAAACGUGCAUAUCCACGAGUCCUUUGGCCAGUGGGCCAACUCCCACCGAGACGACGGUUACACGGAGCAAGGACAGGAGGCCCUGCAGCACCUGUGACCGUGGCCCACCUCUGUCCUCGGACCUGAAGUGCCCACUGCCAGCGCCUGCAAUGGAACCUGGCCGCCCCAGGUGUCACAACCUGGUACACCUCUUGGUUCAGAUGUACCCUCAAAACUGAUCCCUCAAACAAACUGUCUGCUUUGAGGAAGCACGUUGAAAAACUGAUGCCAAACUCUAAAGAAACGUUUAUUUAUACCCAGGGCUAUCACUGUUUCUAAUAGACGACUCUGAUCCCUUAGGAUAUAUAUUUAAUAAUACCACGAGUGGAGGUCGACUUUUGCAUUAACUUCAGUAACACAAGCUUCGCCAGAUACAUCACUUGCCACUAUAAUUGCUGUUUGACUUGCUUUGUAUGAAAUUCUGUGUGUAGAGGUUUUAUGAUCACGUUUGUCACACUUAGGUGGGAGGCAGGGAAGUGGUAGGUUUUCAUUAGUUACGUUCAUAAAAUUGUCAUGGUGGUAGCAUUAUGUACAGGACGUGUCAACUACACAAGCAGGGCCUCGGAAGUCACAGGACGAGGUGGCCCAGCUCAGACACAAAGCAACGGAAAAUGGGGGUGACAGUCCUCCCACCCAGAAACUGGAGACAGCUUUGCAAGAGCCCGUGGUUUUCCAUUGCACCUUGUUACUGACAAUGCCUAGAGCAUGUAGCAAUGUUUAAGGCGAGUGCCUUGGAAUCUGCUGUGAGUUAUGCAGUACUAACCAAACAAAGUUGCUAAGGACGAGAU